AUGUCAAAUUUCAAAAUAAGUGAAGAUAAAUUAGAACUGGAUUCUCUGGUGAAGAGUUGUCUAUGCAACAAGUCAUCUGUGAAGGAUGCUGCCAAUAAGGACAACCUUACUGACCUUGUUGUAGCAAGAGUUGCAAAUCAAAAACUACUCAAAAAUAAAAUUGAAAGUUGGCGGAAACAGCAUGAGGAUUGGGAAAGUCUGGCUUCGUUUAUAAAAGGCCACAUUUCCAGAAGACUCAAGAAGAGGAAAAGCACAGAUAAAAUUAUAGAGAAAGUUGAAGCAUUGAAAGAUAAUGUUGAAAAUGUAAAAAAUGAAAAGGUAGAAAAAGUAGAAAAUGUAAAAAAUGAAUCUAAACCUUCAAGUAAGCCGAAUGAGGCCAAGACUGUCGUAAAAGAUAGCAACUCAAAAAGUUGUGCAAAUAAUCAAACCUCGUCACCACACAGUUGUGAGGCUGCUGACGAUGAUGCUAGCAUAACAAAAUCUCAAUCUGAUGAAAUUGUUUUAAUGAGUUCUCAUGACAUGAUUGUGAAACGUUGCAGAAUGGAUGAAUGCACAGAUGAAAUUUUUGUUGGUUCAGCUGUUCCAGCAAAAGAUCCAAGCAUCACUGAAGCCACAUCAAACAUCAAAAACGAAAAAUUUGACAGUUUUUUUGAAGGUGGGGAGGAUAGUGACGAUGACGAGGAUAAGAAGAGUUGUGCUGUUAUUCUCAGCUCUCAUAAUGAUAUCAGAAGUCAGUUUGUAUCAUCGUUAGGCAAUCCUAACAAAAUUUUUAAAAAAACUGCAAAUAAAUCCAGCUUUCCUGAAGAUAGAAACAAAAAUGCUCACAAGCAGUCGAAAAGCUUUAAAGCUGAGUCAAAAAAGGACAAUAAAGGCAAAGAAGAGUUGAAAGAAACAAAAUUACAUCCAUCCUGGGAAGCCAAGCGGAAGUUAAAAGAAAAACUGGCACCGAAUGUUAAAUUCAUGGGAAAGAAAAUUAUUUUUGAUGAUUAA